AUGUCCGUCAUUAGCAUUUACGAUACAUACGUUAAAUUGGAAGGUUCUCAACUAAAAUACUUACUAACAUAUAAAUGUAGUCAGGACCACUUGGAGCUCUUUUUUUGUGCAAUCAGAAGAUGCGGUGGUUGGUGUUCGAAUCCCACUUGUGCGCAAUUUGUUUCGGCGUACAGAAGGUUAUUGGUCCGACACGAAAUAAUUGCCACGAACGGUAAUGAUGAAGCCAUGGAUUCUACGAAAAUACUAACGGUUCCUUCUGGUGGUGGAAGGAAAAAAUCGGUUGAUCGGUACGAUCCUGCUGUUUACAGCAUUAUGGAUAAUGUUCGAUUCUGUAAAAAAUACGAAUUAGAUGAGGAGAUCGAACACUGCAGCGAAAAUGACGAAUUCAUGAAUGAAUUCCUCGUAUUUAACUGGCAACUACCAGACUACCGGACUCUCUCCGCGUUUUCUAACAAUUGUGUCGCAAAUGUAGCUAGUUGGGUGGUUAAGAAAAUAGUGGACGAAAAAGAAUCGUUAGUGAGAGGCGAAAUAUGCCGAAAUGAGUUAUUUCAAGACAGUCAGAGCGUAGCAGAAUUUUUGGAGAAUAGUCUUAUUCGGAAUCGUCUUUGGAAGCGUCUUUGGAAUAGUCUUAUUCCAAAGACGUGA